CCCAGCCCAGAAAAGGCUCUCAAUCUUAAAGUAGAAUGCCACCAUAUUCGAGAAACGCCUCUCUUUCAAAGGCCUACAGCCUACUCUCUCUUCACCGCCAUCAGGUGCUCUCUUUCUCGCCCGCUUCCGCUAGACUUGAGCAAAAAUGGGGAUCAUAGAGAAGAUCAAAGAGAUUGAAGCCGAGAUGGCCCGAACCCAGAAAAAUAAAGCCACUGAAUAUCAUCUGGGUCAGCUCAAGGCUAAGAUAGCAAAGCUAAGGACACAAUUAUUGGAGCCUCCAAAAGGUUCUAGUGGAGCUGGAGAGGGUUUCGAAGUUACAAAAUAUGGCCAUGGACGUGUUGCUCUAAUAGGAUUUCCAAGUGUGGGGAAGUCAACACUUCUGACAAUGUUGACGGGGACACAUUCAGAAGCUGCAUCAUACGAGUUCACAACGCUUACUUGCAUCCCUGGGAUUAUUCACUACAAUGAUACUAAAAUUCAACUACUUGAUCUUCCUGGAAUUAUUGAAGGUGCUUCUGAAGGCAAGGGACGUGGUAGACAAGUCAUUGCUGUUUCAAAGUCAUCAGACAUUGUAUUAAUGAUUCUUGAUGCGUCAAAAAGUGAAGGACAUCGGCAAAUUUUGACAAAGGAGCUGGAAGCUGUUGGUUUACGGUUAAACAAGAGACCACCUCAAAUAUACUUCAGAAAGAAAAAAACUGGGGGUAUUUCUUUCAACAGCACCAUGCCGUUAACUCAUGUGGAUGAGAAGCUUUGCUAUCAGAUUCUACAUGAAUACAAAAUUCACAAUGCAGAGGUGUUAUUUCGUGAGGAUGCUACAGUGGAUGACCUGAUAGAUGUUAUUGAAGGAAACCGUAAAUACAUGAAGUGUAUAUACGUAUACAACAAAAUAGAUGUCAUCGGCAUUGAUGAUGUGGACAAAUUAGCCCGACAGGUUAAUUCUGUGGUCAUCAGUUGCAAUUUGAAGCUGAACUUAGACAGAUUACUUGCAAAGAUGUGGGAGGAGAUGGGACUUGUCAGAGUUUAUACAAAGCCACAGGGCCAGCAGCCUGAUUUCUCUGACCCUGUAGUUCUUUCCGCUGAUAGAGGUGGCUGCUCAGUCGAAGAUUUUUGUAACCACAUACACAGGAGCCUUGUGAAGGAUGUGAAAUAUGUGUUAGUGUGGGGCAUAAGUGCAAGGCAUUAUCCACAGCAUUGUGGCCUUGGUCAUGUUCUCCAGGAUGAGGACGUAGUUCAGAUUGUCAAGAAAAAGGAGAGGGAAGAUGGAGGGAGAGGUCGUUUCAAAUCACAUUCAACAGCCCCUGCUCGAAUUUCUGACAGAGAAAAGAAGGCUCCCUUGAAGACAUAAAGAGACAUUUGCAUGAUGGUGCUACUUGGAGGACUUGUGCUACGUAUAUCACAGCUUGAAAGUAGUGUUUUUUGUGGUAAUUAGAGAUGCUAGAAGUUUAUAAAGUGGCAAAUGAACUAUAAUGUGGGGGAGUAGCUAGAGAUUUCCUUAGCAUUCUUUCUUGGAGUCUCUCCACUGUGAUUGUUAUUUGCAGCUUACGUGUUUUGUAAACCCUGAGCAGUUAUUCAUUGAGAUGCCCUCGAAAUGUGUUCUCUGAAGUGGAACAAGUGGGAAUUAUGGGAAAUGUUGGCUUGCCUGCUUUCAGUAAAAGUAUAUGUUCCUUCAGGUCUGCUUUUUUUGGGAAUGGAGAAUCGUUUCAAUAAUGCCCUAAUAAUGCAAAUCUCAUAUAAAUGGGUCAAACAUGGAUUUUACG